CCGUCGCCAGGGAGGCCGGGGGAGGCCGCGGCGGAGGCGGAGGCGGAGGGGCGGCUCCAGGGCGGCGCGCCCCCGCCCUGCCAUUCACAGGCGACGUUGGCCCGGGGCCCCGAAGUCCGUCCUCCUGGGUCGGCGGCGAGCGCCGAGGGGAGGGGACAGCUCGAGAAGGCAGGAAGCUGCGGAUAAAAGGGCAGCCCGCGCCGGGCCGUCCUCCCCUCCCACGGCCCCGAGCCUCCGAGAGCGCCUCCGCCCGCCGCCAUGUACCGCUGCCUGGGCGAAGCGCUGCUGCUGUCCCGCGCCGGGCCCGCCGCCCUGGGCUCCGCGGCAGCCGACUCGGCGGCGCUGCUGGGCCGGGCCCGCGGGCAGCCCUCCGCCGCCGCCCCGCAGCCGGGGCUCCCGCCGCCCACCCGGCGACACUACAGCGAGGCGGCGGCUGACCGCGAGGACGACCCCAACUUCUUCAAGAUGGUGGAGGGCUUCUUCGACCGCGGCGCCAGCAUCGUGGAGGACAAGCUGGUGGAGGACCUCAAGACCCGGGAGAGCGAGGAGCAGAAGCGGAAGCGGGUGCGCGGCAUCCUGCGGAUCAUCAAGCCCUGCAACCAUGUGCUGAGCCUGUCCUUCCCCAUCCGGCGCGACGACGGCUCCUGGGAGGUCAUCGAGGGCUACCGGGCCCAGCACAGCCAGCACCGCACGCCCUGCAAGGGAGGUAUUCGUUACAGCACUGACGUGAGUGUAGAUGAAGUGAAAGCUUUGGCUUCUCUGAUGACAUAUAAGUGCGCAGUGGUUGAUGUGCCAUUUGGGGGUGCUAAAGCUGGUGUGAAGAUCAACCCCAAGAACUAUAGCGAUAACGAGUUGGAAAAGAUCACGAGGAGGUUCACCAUGGAACUGGCCAAGAAGGGCUUUAUAGGUCCAGGCGUUGAUGUGCCUGCCCCAGACAUGAGCACGGGUGAGCGAGAGAUGUCCUGGAUUGCGGACACCUAUGCUAGCACCAUCGGGCACUAUGAUAUUAAUGCCCAUGCCUGUGUCACUGGCAAGCCCAUCAGUCAGGGUGGGAUCCACGGACGGAUCUCUGCUACUGGCCGGGGAGUUUUCCAUGGAAUCGAAAACUUCAUCAAUGAAGCUUCUUACAUGAGCAUUUUAGGAAUGACACCAGGGUUUGGAGAUAAAACAUUUGUUGUUCAGGGAUUUGGUAAUGUGGGUCUGCACUCUAUGAGAUAUUUGCAUCGCUUUGGUGCUAAAUGCGUUGGUGUUGGUGAAUCUGAUGGGAGUAUAUGGAAUCCAGAUGGCAUUGACCCAAAGGAACUGGAAGACUUCAAAUUGCAACAUGGAUCAAUCCUGGGUUUCCCCAAGGCAAAGGUUUAUGAAGGGAGCAUCUUAGAGGCCGACUGUGACAUACUGAUCCCUGCUGCCAGUGAGAAGCAGCUGACCAAGUCCAAUGCAUCCAGAAUCAAAGCCAAGAUCAUCGCUGAAGGUGCCAAUGGGCCAACAACUCCCGAAGCGGAUAAGAUUUUCCUGGAGCGGAACAUCAUGGUUAUUCCAGAUCUCUACCUGAAUGCCGGGGGAGUUACAGUAUCUUACUUUGAGUGGCUGAAGAACCUAAAUCAUGUCAGCUAUGGCCGGUUGACCUUCAAAUAUGAAAGGGAUUCUAACUACCACUUGCUCAUGUCGGUUCAGGAGAGUCUGGAAAGGAAAUUUGGGAAGCAUGGUGGAACUAUUCCUGUUGUGCCCACGUCGGAGUUCCAAGACAGGAUAUCGGGGGCAUCUGAGAAAGACAUCGUGCACUCUGGCUUAGCCUACACCAUGGAGCGCUCGGCCAGGCAAAUCAUGCGCACAGCCAUGAAAUAUAACCUGGGAUUGGACCUGAGAACAGCUGCCUACGUCAAUGCCAUUGAAAAAGUCUUCAAGGUGUACAAUGAAGCCGGUUUGACCUUCACAUAGAUGGAUUGCCACUGACUUCUUUACUACCCUCUUCCCCUCUUCAUCUGUAGACCUAUCACAAGUUUACAUGUAACCACAGAUCUUUCUCUCAUUGCUUAUAGACAAUGGACAACAUUCUCAUAGGUCGAUUCAAAUGAGACCCUUAAGAAAAGAGAAAUUAAAGUUAGGGGAUCGUGUGCAAAACUAAAAGUAGAUGCCAGAGAGCCAUUUGGGUAUAUCAGCAAAAGAGCUCAAUUCUAUAGAUUACAAACAAAAAUAAAUGCUGUUUCUCUUUUUGCAUUUUAUUCUUUUAGAAUAAAGUAAGUACAUGCUGCUGUAAUAAAAUUGCCUUUAAUCACUUACUAAGCCUAACUUUGACUAAGCAGUGAAUGCCUGUAAACAAUGAAUGAAAAAGCUAGUAUUUUUAUAACAACACAGUAUCAUUUAUAGCUUAUCAGUAGUAUGUUGUCCAACAAACAAAAAGCCCAAUGGAGAGUUAGUUAUCUUCUUUCCUAUCAUUGCAUAGCAAAUGAUAGCACCUAUUUCUGUUGUGUGAGACUGUCAGAAUUUAUUAACUACAUUGAUGACAUAUAGUCCAAAGAAUGUAGUAACCUCCUUAUGUUAAUUAAUUGCUCUUCUCUUUUCAAAGUCUAUUGUGUUGCCUGAUUGAACAGUAAUUCAAAUAGAGUGUCCCAGAAAAAACCACUUGGGCUCCCUCUUUGGGGUCUGGCUGGCAGCUCUGAGCAUUGCCAAGAAUGGCCCAACUCCCCCUGACUUUGGAUCCCCUUCCAGGGGCCUCCCCUUCGGCACAGCUUCAGCAGCAGCCUGGAGACAGCCUGGGGUUGGUGGUUGUGUUUGCCAGGGCCUUUUGAAUAGUAGUGUCCCAAUGAAGUGCUAGAUAUUAUUUAUGUAAGAAUGAGCUUUUUCUUUUUUUAACAAUAUCCUUUCAGAAAUUUCUAACUACUUUGUAACUGCAUGACUUAACCUGGUGAUAAAAGCAGUUAUUAAAAGUCUACCUUUUCCAAA